AUGGAGUGUGGUUUUGGAGCCUGGAGUGUGGUUUUGGAGCCUGGAGUGUGGUUUUGGAGCCUGGAGUGUGGUUUUGGAGCCUGGAGUGUGGUUUUGGAGCCUGGAGUGUGGUUUUGGAGCCUGGAGUGUGGUUUUGGAGCCUGGAGCCUGGAGUGUGGUUUUGGAGCCUGGAGCCUGGAGUGUGGUUUUGGAGCCUGGAGUGUGGUUUUGGAGCCUGGAGUGUGGUUUUGGAGCCUGGAGUGUGGUUUUGGAGCCUGGAGUGUGGUUUUGGAGCAUGGAGUGUGGUUUUGGAGCCUGGAGUGUGGUUUUGGAGCCUGGAGUGUGGUUUUGGAGCCUGGAGUGUGGUUUUGGAGCCUGGAGCCUGGAGUGUGGUUUUGGAGCCUGGAGUGUGGUUUUGGAGCCUGGAGUGUGGUUUUGGAGCCUGGAGUGUGGUUUUGGAGCCUGGAGCCUGGAGUGUGGUUUUGGAGCCUGGAGCCUGGAGUGUGGUUUUGGAGCCUGGAGUGUGGUUUUGGAGCCUGGAGCCUGGAGUGUGGUUUUGGAGCCUGGAGUGUGGUUUUGGAGCCUGGAGUGUGGUUUUGGAGCCUGGAGUGUGGUUUUGGAGCCUGGAGCCUGGAGUGUGGUUUUGGAGCCUGGAGUGUGGUUUUGGAGCCUGGAGUGUGGUUUUGGAGCCUGGAGUGUGGUUUUGGAGCCUGGAGCCUGGAGUGUGGUUUUGGAGCCUGGAGUGUGGUUUUGGAGCCUGGAGCCUGGAGUGUGGUUUUGGAGCCUGGAGUGUGGUUUUGGAACCUGGAGUGUGGUUUUGGAGCCUGGAGUGUGGUUUUGGAGCCUGGAGUGUGGUUUUGGAGCCUGGAGCCUGGAGUGUGGUUUUGGAGCCUGGAGUGUGGUUUUGGAGCCUGGAGUGUGGUUUUGGAGCCUGGAGCCUGGAGUGUGGUUUUGGAGCCUGGAGUGUGGUUUUGGAGCCUGGAGUGUGGUUUUGGAGCCUGGAGCCAGGAGUGUGGUUUUGGAGCCUGGAGUGUGGUUUUGGAGCCUGGAGUGUGGUUUUGGAGCCUGGAUUUGGAGCCUGGAGCCUGGAGUGUGGUUUUGGAGCCUGGAGCCUGGAGUAUGGUUUUGGAGCCUGGAGUGUGGUUUUGGAGCCUGGAGUGUGGUUUUAGAGCCUGGAGUAUGGUUUUGGAACCUGGAGUGUGGUUUUGGAGCCUGGAGUGUGGUUUUGGAGCCUGGAGCCUGGAGUGUGGUUUUGGGGCCUGGAGUAUGGUUUUGGAGCCUGGAGUGUGGUUUUGGAGCCUGGAGUGUGGUUUUGGAGCCUGGAGUGUGGUUUUGGAGCCUGGAGUGUGGUUUUGGAGCCUGGAGUAUGGUUUUGGAGCCUGGAGUGUGGUUUUGGAGCCUGGAGUGUGGUUUUGGAGCCUGGAGCCUGGAGUGUGGUUUUGGAGCCUGGAGUGUGGUUUUGGAGCCUGGAGUGUGGUUUUGUCAAGCGCCCCAGUACUAUAA